AUGCCCUCCAUCAACGACACCAAACACGAAGAGGCAGUGAACGCCUCCUGGGAAGCCACGCGGGGCGCGGUGUCGGGCGCGGUCAAAUGGGGUGUUGCGUCGGCGCUACUGGGUGGGAUUGGAUAUGUGGUCUCGCCCAUGUAUCGGGGGUUGACGAUUCAGUUUAAGGUAUACCUGCAAAUGUCCGGGAUGGUACUCGGGAGUAUGAUUGACGCAGACGCUCGACUGCGAGCAUAUGAAGCAAGAGUGCGGGUGCAGAGGCGGGCCGCAAAGGAACAGGCCAUGUGGGAUCAGUUCAAUAAGGAGUACGGGGAUGAUGACGAGAAUGAGGGCCGAGGGGGUGGGAAGGGACAAUGA